CCUCCUCCUUUCUGGUACGUUCCCAAUGGUACAGCCAGCAUCUUGCAGCAUAAUGCUUACAAGACGGUAAACGGGGAGUGAUUCAGCAUUGCAAUCGUAAUUUCAAGGCUAUACCGGUAUUUUUUUCUUCCAUCGCUGCAUUUUUUUCUAGUUAUCUCCAUGUUCACUUUUAUUUUUCUGUGCGUGCUAAAUCGUUAAAUGUCUCUCGUUGGAAUGUUUUGAACAGAACUGUCACCGGCCUAGGAUCGUCGUCAGCUGGCACGGAAUGGUAUUUAUGAGCAGGCAUUUCUUCUAUUACUGCGGUGAACCAGUCCUAGAUGUGAAAAUAGCCUUUUGUCAGGUGUGUGUUCCUUACAGGUAAAAUAAGGGUUUUGGUAAACAAUUGGAUGUGUCAUACAUUGGCAAGCAUUACAACAUGAGCAAAUGCAAAGUGGACAACCAGUUCUACAGUGUGGAAGUAGGAGAUUCCACCUUCACAGUUCUCAAACGUUACCAGAAUCUAAAACCCAUCGGUUCUGGAGCUCAGGGAAUCGUCUGUGCCGGGUACGAUGCAGUCCUUGACAGAAACGUGGCCAUCAAGAAGCUCAGCAGACCCUUUCAGAACCAGACCCAUGCCAAGAGGGCAUACAGGGAACUGGUGCUCAUGAAAUGUGUCAAUCACAAAAAUAUCAUCAGUUUAUUAAAUGUUUUCACACCACAGAAAUCACUAGAAGACUUUCAGGAUGUGUACCUGGUGAUGGAGCUGAUGGAUGCCAACCUAUGCCAGGUGAUUCAGAUGGAGCUAGACCAUGAGAGAAUGUCCUACCUGCUCUACCAGAUGCUGUGUGGCAUCAAACACCUGCACUCAGCAGGAAUUAUACACAGGGACCUGAAACCUAGCAAUAUAGUGGUGAAGUCUGAUUGUACGCUGAAGAUCCUGGACUUUGGCCUGGCAAGGACUGCAGGCACAAGCUUCAUGAUGACCCCGUACGUGGUGACACGGUACUACAGAGCUCCAGAGGUCAUCCUGGGCAUGGGGUACAAAGAGAACGUGGAUAUAUGGUCGGUGGGGUGCAUUAUGGGAGAAAUGGUGCGUCACAAAAUCCUGUUCCCUGGCCGUGACUAUAUCGACCAAUGGAAUAAAGUGAUUGAGCAGCUGGGCACACCCUCACCAGAGUUUAUGAAGAAGCUGCAGCCCACUGUCCGUAACUAUGUAGAGAACAGACCCAAAUACACAGGCCUCACCUUUCCCAAGCUCUUCCCCGACUGCCUCUUCCCUGCAGACUCAGAGCACAACAAACUCAAAGCUAGCCAGGCCAGAGAUCUGUUGUCUAAGAUGUUGAUUAUUGAUCCAGCCAAGCGGAUACAAGUGGACGAAGCCUUACAGCACCCCUACAUCAACGUUUGGUACGACCCAGCCGAGGUGGAGGCGGCCAGGGAUCUCGUCCAAAUAUCAAUGCCUCCUCCUGCUAUCUACGACAAACAGCUGGAUGAGAGAGAACACUCUAUCGAUGAAUGGAAAGAACUAAUCUACAAAGAGGUGAUGAACUUUGAGGAGAGGACGAAGAACGGGGUGGUGAAGGGACAACCCUCUCCCUCAGGUACUCUCAGUGCAUAACCUAGUCCCUCUCACAGGUGCAGCCGUGAACAGCAGUGGUGAGAGCCUCCCUUCCCCCUCCGUCAACGAUAUCUCCUCCAUGUCCACCGACCAGACCCUGGCCUCAGACACUGACAGCAGCCUGGAGACCUCCGCAGGACCCCUGGGGUGUUGCAGGUGACUAGCAGCCUGCCUGCGCAACCCAAUGUUCUUCAGAAGGUGAAACGCAAUGUCCAAACAACCAACCAACCCACCAAAAGAUUAUUAAAAAUAAAAAAAGUAUCAUAUUAAAAGGGAUUUAAGAAAACGUAAAGAAUAAUGAUUGUGAAUGUUAAGCUUGCAUUUUCAUUCAAAAAGAAAAAACUAUGAAAUAUGAACUUGUUACUUUACUUAUACACCCCACCCCCGCAAAAACAAUAUGGCACCAUUAAAAUAAAAUAAAAAUACUGAGACAGUCAGCUUUCUGUGAAGUGUAAAUUGACUGGCUGCUGGUAACCCAAAUUCCUUGCAGGCGCCUGUGCUUCAGUCGGGCCCUUUUCAUACAUUACUGUACAGCAAUAUACACUGCUCAAAAAAUAAAGGUAACACUAAAAUAACACAUCCUAGAUAUGAAUGAAUGACAAAUUUCUUAUUAAAUACUUUUUUCUUUACAUAGUUGAAUGUGAUGACAACAAAAUCACACAAAAAUUAUCAAUAGAAAUCUAAUUUAUCAACCCAUGGAGCUCUGAAUUUGGAGUCACACUCAAAAUUAAGGUGGAAAACCACACUACAAGCUGAUCCAACUUUGAUGUAAUGUCCUUAAAACAAGUCAAAAUGAGGCUCAGUAGUGUGUGUGGCCUCCACGUGCCUGUAUGACCUCCCUACAACGCCUGGGCAUGCUCCUGAUGAGGUGGCGGAUGGUCUCCUGAGGGAUCUCUUCCCAGACCUGGACUAAAGCAUCCUCCAACUCCUGUACAGUCUGUGGUGCAACGUGGCGUUGGUGGAUGGAGCGAGACAUGAUGUCCCAGAUGUGCUCAAUUGGAUUCAGGUCUGGGGAACGGGCGGGCCAGUCCAUAGCAUCAAUGCCUUCCUCUUGCAGGAACUGCUGACACACUCCAGCCACAUGAGGUCAAGCAUGGUCUUGCAUUAGAAGGAACCCAGGGCCAACCACACCAGCAUAUGGUCUCACAAGGGGUCUGAGGAUCUCAUCUCGGUACCUAAUGGCAGUCAGGCUACCUCUGGCGAGCACAUGGAGGGCUGUGCGGCCUCCCAAAGAAAUGCCACUUUGAGUUACAUUGCGUUGUUUAAGUGUUCCCUUUAUUAUUUUGAGCAGUGUAUAAAUCUCCAUUCACUUUCCCCUAUGUGACUGUAUUGCUAUGUUUUAAUAACCUCUAGGUUUGGUCCUUGGGUUUGUCUCUUGUGUGGGUGACAGAUUGGUGUGUUUUCAUGUGAUUAUUUCCCGCAGGUGUUAGUGCUAGUGCUCGACACUGCAUAGCACCCCCGCCCUUUGUAAAUAUGUAAUUCUGUACAGCUGUGAGACACAUACAGACAGACAGACAGACAGGCAGGCAGGCAGUACUGGAUGUUCUUCUAUAGCACACCUUGCCACAUGACAUCACCACCUUGACCCCUGACAUUUGACCCCUAACCUUUCACCUUAGUUUGACCCCUUGCCUUUUAGUCCUGCUGCAUGAUUACAAAAGCUAACACUAAUUAUAUGAUAAAUUACAACUAUAAAUACUUUUGUUUAUAAUACCAUUUAACGUAAUUGAACUUCUUUUCAACCAUAUUGGUGACGAAACCUGUGGAUGGGGAGCUUCGGUUGAUGAUGAAUAUAUAAAUAUACAUACAGUGUGUGAUCUUCUGCAGGAGCAGGGCUGAGCAGGUUUGGGUUCAAUUCAAUUCAGUCUGAAUGUCAACUGAAAUUCCAAUUCCACAUUUCUCAUUUUACCUUUAUUUAACUAGGCAAGUCAGUUAAGAACAAAUUCUUAUUUUCAAUGACGGCCUAGGAACAGUGGGUUAACUGCCUUGUUCAAGGGCAGAACGAUAGAUUUUUACCUUGUCAGCUCGGGGAUUCGAUCUUGCAACCUUUCGGUUACUAGUCCAACGCUCUAACCACUAGACUAGGAAAAUUGGAAUAAGAACUAGAAUUUACUGAAUUGAAAUGUAAAUUCACCCAAACCCUGUUGCUGAGCUGGAACCUUAAGUUCUCGUAGUUGGUUUGUGUUUUUGUGAAAUGAAAUCUCUUCUGACUGCAUCCCUGCACCACUCCACAGUCUGUGGACAGUCCCACCCACAGCCUUGCAUGUCAUUCCCAAUGUCACCUAACCACAACCAGGAAGGUCACUCACUCUGUUUCUGUGUCACUACUGUGGUGUAAAUGAGAGUAGUUCAGGAGACAGUCGCCUUAUAUGUGUAUUACUGUCGGAAGCACAGAACAGUUUGGGGGGGGGGGGUUACCUCAUAGUUUAGUUUUUAGUUUUGUUCCUCAAAUUGCAUCCAUUUUAAUUUACAUUGAAUGAGUACUACCUUAAUGCCAUAUUUUGUCAAAAGGGAAUCCGAUGAUAUAUCGACUACCUAUAAAACCAGUAAUGUUAAAUAUAAUUUUUGACUGGAAGUUUAUUGAUUAUUGAUUUAUUUAUUAUUUUCAUUGACUGAAUCAGAAUAAUGGGAAGUGCCUUGUUUGGAAUGAUGCCGUUUACAACUAUGUGUGCACUGAAAUUAAGCUAAAGAUUGAUGGACCCCAUUACUGAGAUGCUGAAUUUAGGUAUUAUUUGAAGUAGAAUCUGAAGUUGGUGUCUGUUAGGAUUGCAAUAUUUAUGGUAACUUUACCAAAAUUCUGGGUUUUUCCGUAAAUAUCAGUUGGAGGAUUCCCAGUUGGAAGAUUCCCUCACUGAUUAUUCCCUUGUCCAACCAGGAUUUUCUGGAAAACCUGGACAUUUUUUGGAAAGUUACCAGAAAUGUUGAAACCCGAGUGUCUAGCGUGUCCUGUUCAAUCUGAUUCCGCAUGAUGUCACACCCAUUGUCUGCUCAUACUGUAGAUGCACAUAGUCACCACUACUGACCGAUGCCCAUGUCCUCCCUAUUGGAACUAUACUACGACCAUUACCAUGUUAUUGUUGCAUCUUUGAAUAACUAAAUAAUGUAGAAUUUAAACCUACUUUUUAAAACACAAUGGACUUGUUAUCAGAAAGUCAUCAUCAUAUAAAUGUUCUUCUGACCUAUAUAGUUACCUAGCAACUGAGCAGAAUACCUCCUAAUUUGUAUGGUUUUGUUUUGUAUCUGUAAAUGUCUUAUUUGAUCAGUGUCCUUACAUUUCAAUAAAGGGAUGAAAUAAUCA